UCACCUGCGUCUGUUGGAUUAACGGCCGCCAGCGUCGAGCGACGCGAUUUUAACUGGCGAUGCUAACGUUUGAUGGUCCACACGGUGACGGUGGCUGUUAGAUUUUCUUCGACGCGUUUAAAAGUGGUUUUAGGCACCGACUAAACGAGGUUUUUGUAGGUUUAGUCAGUCGGGGAGGGAGGAGAGAGGGACGUCCAGGUUGUAAUGAUUUCGCUUUUGAUUUAACAGCUAAAGUUAGCACAAAAAAAAAAAAAAAAAAAAGUUUGGAAAGGGACGCUGAUAUUGGAUUCAGGAACGUUAGUUAAGAUCUUAAAGCUAACAAAAGUUAAAGAAAACAAUGCAGAAGGAGUCCGUGAGCCACCGGCAGGCCCGCCUGCUCCUCCAUAACAAGUUCGUGGUGGUGUUGGGAGACUCCAUUCAGCGGUCUGUAUACAAGGACCUUGUCGUACUGUUACAAAAGGACAAAUACCUCAGCCUAAGACAACUGAGGAGCAAGGGCGAGAUGAGCUUUGAGCUCGACUGCCUGGUGGAAGGAGGCUGUCUGAAUCAAAUGAACAACGGGACCGAGUACAGAGAGGUCCGUCAGUUUCAGUCCGACCACCACCUGGUCCGCUUCUACUUUGUGACCCGCGUCUUCUCCACAUACAUGCAGAGCAUCAUCAAGGACUUCCGCCAGGGCUUGAAACCAGACGUGGUCAUCGUAAACUCCUGUGUUUGGGAUAUUUCAAGAUACAAUCCCAAAUGGACUGAUGACUACAAGGAGAACCUUAAGCUGUUCUUUGAUGAGCUGAAGAUGGUCCUACCACAGGAGACACUGGUUAUUUGGAACCUUACAAUGCCCUUAGGAGAGAGGAUCAAAGGUGGCUUUCUGGUGCCUGAGAUUGAGCACAAAGCUCCUCAGCUGCGUUACGAUGUGAUUGAAGCCAACUUCUGUGGUUGGACUCUGGCCAGCUGCUGUGAGAUGGAUGUGUUGGACCUCCACUUUCAGUUCCGCUUCUCCUUGCAGCAUCGAACAAAGGAUGGAGUCCACUGGAACGCCAUUGCCCACCGCAGGAUCACUGCUCUCCUGUUACGGCACAUAGCACAAGCCUGGGGUGUGAGGCUGACUGCUGAUGAGGUUCCUGAUCAGAAGUCAUUCUAUGACUGUUCUCAAAAACCUGCAGCAGCAAAUGUUAACAGCUAUAGCGAGGAGUUUGCCACUGAUUCUCUGCCUCGUGACUACUUGAGCUUUGAGGAAAACCCAGAGCCUCUGCCAUAUUGCCGUGAAGACGCAGAGAACUUCAGACCUGCCGUCAAGCCACCAUGGCCCCGGCCACGCCGCAAACAUCGGUCCAAACGUAAACAGCCCAGAUAUGGUUUUGACUACAUGCCUCCUCACUACCUCGAGCCCUACGAAGAUCAAGACCACCAUCAGUUUGUGAUGAGGAACCGCCACGGCAGACCCCACUACGCCCCGUAUUCCCAUCACAGACCAGUUCACCGUCCCUUUCAUGGCUAUCAUUACUGAAGUGGUGGCGCUCCUACACAUGUUCAGUUAAUGAAUGAGUUGUUCGUUACCAUGCUGAGGUAUCUUAUCGUGUACAUGUCGGCUUUUUAGUUGCUAACAUUUUUCACUAGAGCUGAAGACAUUUUAAUGACUUGUUGCUUUGAAGAUUUUUAGGUUUUGAACUGUUUACAAUUAAAGAUCAUUUCAACAAUGUGCUGUUUGAGUUUCUAUAAAAUAAACUUUUCACAACAAGAUGUUGUUCAUUUAAA